CGUUCAAGAGUUCAUUGCCUACCUAUCCAUAGGACGGGCUGCAUGCGGAGCGCCCGGGCUGGCUGAAGCCCUGCAUCUAGCAAGAACCUGUCCUUGUGUCCAUGGAGAAGCUUCCCCUCACGAUGCCGUCAAUUAAUAGGGAGCAAAUCGUUCUCCUUUCUGGUGGCGUCGGCAGAGCUGAAACGAAAUUACUCAAGUGUAGGUGCGAUGGGGGCAUGGCCAAGGAAGACCUUCAGUACUUGCGCAUUGAACCUGCUCCGCGAAGGAGGAUGCUGGACCGGCGACGGACUCGCGCAUAUAUGUCCAAGGACUGCCGCAAUGGUGACGUCGCGUGGAACGGACGCGACAAUCCUGGACUGUACUGGUCCUUUGGCAAAGAUUCGACAUAUAUCUAUUUUGCUGAGGCCCUGGACGCCAAUGGCAGAUCGUUGCGUUGGAGCGUGUUGGAUCGAGGAAUGAAGAUCGGGUUUAUCGCGUCGGGAGUACAAACCUUUGACACAACGACCACACUUUUAUCUACGACGAGGACUGCCUUGAAGUUCACUAUCUGCAUGUGGACAAUGGCGAGCUGAAGUGGGCUCGUUCGGGUUGACGGCAUAUCGGCAUCACUAAUGAGCAAGGAAGUUCUGUAGUGAAAUCAGGAUGACGAGUUCGCGUACGCCGCGCUUUUGCCAAACACCGCAUGACGAACACAUUGAUGUUCCAGCAUAAACUAACUUUUCGAAAUAAUCGUGUGAUCCUGCCCCGAGACGCUGCU